GUUACUCAAGCAGUCGCAGUCGUUCGCCAGAACGUUCAAAACCGCUCGUCGUCGAACACAAUUCUAAAAGUCAGAAAGUCAGAAAUUCUGAAAGUCCUACGCCCAGAAUCUCUGGACCCGUAACCGUUUCCAAACCGAGCGAAACCACAAAAAAACACGCGUAAAGAAAUAGAAAUUCGGGCAGCAGCAGCCACACAUGUGCCGCAACUUCAUGACGGAACCGGAACACGCUGCGUGAGAUAUCGAGAAAUUCCAGUGACCCAAACGCGAGCGUUAGCGUUUCGAAACAUAUAAGAAACAAAAGUAUACAUAAAAACUCAACCCGCGCCGCACACAUGACCACCGCAUUAACCAUGGUGAAAACGGGUGGUAAAUACGCCAACGAGAAAUUCUUCGGGGUGAGGCAUGUGCAGUGCAUCCUGUGCUUCUUCUGCCUGGCGAUGAGCUACGCCUGGCGGGUGAACCUCAGCGUGGCAGUGGUGGCCAUGUCGGAGGACGGCAAUAGGACGGUCCACAACAACACCGAUCUUAGUGGCGAAGUGGACGACAAUGACUUUAACUUCUUUAAUUCCGAGCGCUAUUACAGCUUCACCAAACUGCAGAGGUCAUACAUGCUGGGCAGCUUCUUCUAUGGCUACGUCGUCACCCAGGUGCCCGGUGGCUACUUCGCCCAGCGCUAUGGAGCCAAGACCAUGCUGAUGUACGGAUUGGGAAUUGCCGCCAUUAUCACGAUACUGUCGCCGCUGUCCCUGCAACUUGGUGGAUGGUUCGGCCUCUGUUGCAUGCGAUUCGUCAUGGGCUUGAGCCAGGGUGCAGUGCAUCCGGCCACGCAUGCGCUGCUGGCCAAGUGGUCGCCCGCCGAGGAGCGAGGACUGCUGGGAACGCUCUGCUACUCUGGCGCCCAGUUCGGAACGGUGGUGAUGCUGGCCACGAGUGGCCUCAUCGCGGACUCCUUCAUGGGCUGGCCGAGUAUCUUCUAUGUGGGCGGAGCUUGCGGCUUUGUCUGGAUGAUCUUCUGGUACGUGUUCUCGGCCAGCACGCCCGAGGAGCACCGUCUCAUCUCGCCCGAGGAACUGAAGUUCAUCACGGAAUCGCGCAGCGAUGGCAAGAUGCAAACGGCUGAGAAGCUGGCGCCCACUCCAUGGAGGGCCAUCUUCAGCUCGCUGCCCUUCCUGUCCCUCCUGGUGGUGCACUGCACCCACAUGUUUGGCUUCUGGCUGCUGCUCACCCAGAUUCCCACCUACAUGAAGUCCAUCUACGAUGUGGACAUCAAGAAUGGUGCUCUGCUCGCCUCGCUCCCCUACAUGGUGAUGCUGCUGCUGAGUUUCUUCUUCGUCUGGCUGUCGAAGGUACUGCAGAGGAAGGAGGGAAUGUCGCUGGCCUUCAACCGGAAGAUCUUCAACACCAUUGGCCACUGGAUUCCCAUGGUGUCGCUGAUCGCCCUGGGCUAUGUGCCCCAAGACAACGCCGCGCUGGCGGUGACUCUGCUCACCCUGACGGUGGGAAUCAGUGCGGCCACCUACCUGGGCUUCCAGGUGAACCACAUCGAUCUGUCCCCGAACUACGCCGGCACUCUGAUGGGUCUCACGAAUGGAGCGGCCAAUGUGAUGAGUGGGAUUGCUCCAACGAUUGUUGGCUGGAUCGUUGAGAAUGAUACAAACGUGGCCGAAUGGCGAAUGGCGUUCUUUUUGGCCGCCGCCUUCUACUUCGUGGGCAAUCUGCUCUUCGUGAUCUUCGGACGCACGGAGGUGCAGUGGUGGGACUCUCCGCGGGACAACAAGGAGGAUGCGGAGCAGGGCACGCCCCUCGCGCCCAAUGGCCAGGUCAAAUAGAGGCUGGCAAUUUUGCACCGCUUCCAGAAUCAUCCGGGCUGUUGUUUCGUAGUUUCGUAGGCGUAGUUAGUUAGUUAGAGACCAGACGAGCUGAAAGUUAACUUUAGUGACGAUCGCGUGCUUCCAUUAGCGAUAUUAUACGGUAAUUGCUUAGUCCUAAGGCAGCGUAAAUUAUUAUUGUUUGCAGUAUUUUCCAUAAUGUACAUAAUCCAAAAAGAAAAACAAAAUCAAACAAACCAAUUAAACUUGCAACUUGAGAAAGCGUUCAGUGUAAAUAGGGACAAAGCCCGCGACGAGUGUGUUCGCUGCUGCGACAUCAACUCUAGUAAUUGUUAUGUUUUAGUGUUAAGUUAGGCAUUAGCGAAAACCAAACUUGUGAUGAAAGAAAGUAAACUAAAAAAGGCAAAAAAGAAUGAUGAAGACAAUACUAGCCAUGAAUAAAACAGCUCAAAUGGCAGCUGCAAAAAAGUCAAACUGUACCGAAA